AUGGCCCUCCAACCGGGUGGUCCAUACGCGCAUGUCGGCGGUGCUGCUCCCGUCGACGCACAUCUUCAGCGCCAGCGCCUGUUGGCCCAGCUGAAUGAAUCAACCUGGCAGCGGAUCGGCACCCUGAACGAAUUGAUGAACCAGCUCGAUGAUGCCCUGUUCGCCUACGAACAAGCACUGCGGCACAACAUGUACUCCACCCAGACGCUGAAUGCCAUCUCUUGUAUAUUGCGCACAAAGGAAAAGUAUCCCGAGGCCAUGGAGUAUCUCAAGAACAUCAUCAAGAUGGAGCCAGCGAACGGAGAGGCAUGGGGCAACCUUGGCCACUGCCAUCUGAUGAUGGACAAUUUGCAAGACGCAUACACUGCUUAUCAACAGGCUCUUUACUAUCUGCCAGAUCCAAAGGAACCCAAACUCUGGUACGGUAUAGGUAUAUUGUACGACAGAUACGGCUCUCUGGAACACGCCGAGGAAGCCUUCUCGCAAGUUAUGCGCAUGGAGCCUGGCUUCGAGAAGGCCAACGAGAUCUACUUCAGGCUAGGUAUUAUCUACAAGCAGCAGAGCAAGUUCCAGCAGAGUCUCGAAUGCUUCAAGUACAUCGUGUCGGACCCACCUCGGCCCCUUAACGAGGAAGACAUCUGGUUCCAGAUCGGUCAUGUUCAUGAGCAGCAGAAAGACUUCGAAAGCGCUAAAGCUGCGUAUCGUCGUGUCCUAGAUCGCGACCCUAAGCAUGCCAAGGUCCUUCAGCAGCUUGGUUGGCUUCACCAUCAGCAGAGCAACUCCUAUGCCAGCCAAGAGCAAGCCAUUGAAUACCUAGAAAAGUCCGUCGGGUCGGAUAACCAAGAUGCUCAAAGCUGGUAUCUGCUGGGCCGCUGCUACAUGGCUCAGCAGAAGUUCCCUAAGGCGUACGAAGCCUACCAACAAGCGGUGUAUCGUGAUGGUCGCAACCCUACUUUCUGGUGCUCUAUCGGUGUGCUAUAUUAUCAGAUCAAUCAGUAUCGCGAUGCACUGGACGCGUAUUCCCGCGCCAUUCGUCUUAACCCUUACAUCUCCGAGGUUUGGUACGAUCUCGGUACUCUGUACGAAAGCUGCAAUAAUCAAACCGCCGACGCUCUUGACGCGUACGCUCGAGCUGCAGAACUAGACCCAGGCAAUGCCCACAUCAAGGCUCGUCUCCAGCUUCUGAGGAGUGGUGGCGGAGCUGCCGGCAACCAGCAUAAUGCGCCCGCUCCCCAGGAUGUUCAUCCCCAAGCUUAUCAAACCGGCGUCGGCGUUCCACCAAAUCCGGGUUGGGGCGGACCCAGUGGUCAGAGCCAACAUCAGCCUCCGCCCCCAGUGGACGCCGCUCGAGUCAGUGAGUGGACUCGAGGCAUACCUCAAGUCAACCAGCCCAAUGGUCCAGCGAGCCAGCAGAAUGGCUUUGAGAACCGUGAGGGCAUGCGUGCUCCGCCAAUGCGCGCUCCAUCUCCGAGACAAGAGCCACCUCGUGGCUUCCCGGAGCCUUCUCGACACACUCCAGGCCCUGGGCCUGUUCGCAAACAGUCACCGUCACCGAAGAUGCAGUCCGCUGGACCUUCGGGUUUCCCAGGCUCGCAAACCUUGCCCCAACUCAAUUUGCAAGAUCGGGCACCAGCAUUCAACAACGUUCGGCCGUCCCCAACACUGAAUGGCGGACCGGGACCUCAUGCUAACAGCGCGUCUGCUUCCAACACACUGCCCCCAUACGGUCGUCCCUUCAGCCCACCCAGCGAAAUUCGGCCAAUUCGCGAUGACCGUGUAAACUCUCCACCAACUGGCGGCUUCCAACAAUCUCAGUAUCCUGGUGGUCAGUCGUUCCCCAGCAUUGCGAAUAGCGUCAGCUCGGCUCCACAGCCUCUUCCGCAGACUGCUGAGACCCCUCGUGAAGAGAACAGGCCACCUUCAGCCAUGAAGCGAGCUCGAGAGUGGGAAGCUGAUGUUGGGCCAUCGAAGAAAAUUGCAAAUGAGGAAAGCCGGGCUCGCCUAGACGAGCCACCUCACCAUGGCAGUCCGCCCAAUCGCAAUCCUACCCCUGGCAGCCACUUCCGUCGCAGCUCAUCUGAGGCGCGACGGGAAAACGAGCGUAGGGCGAACGAGAAUUACCAUCCGUCCGAAGCGGCACAUCACCCGUACAGCUUGGCUCCCCAGGUGCCACCCAUUCAGCCCUCGGCCGAAGCCCCUCAAGAGGAGCUCAAGGAGAACGUUGAGCCUGCGGCACGAAAAAUGGACGUCGAUGAAGACUACGAUAACAACAGCGAAGAUGAUAAGAGGGGAGGCAGCGGGACUGCUCCGGGCACCGCUACGAAAAAUAGCCCUGUCCAGGGCGCACCGUCUAACGGCGUGCCUAAGCAAGAGGUGACUGCCUAA